AUGGAAGAAUUCAAACCUAUUCGAAAUCCAGAGAUUAAAUAUACCCAGUUGUUCAUCAACAACGAAUUUGUGAAUUCUGUGAGUGGAAACCCUUCCCCAACCCUAAACCCCCGCUACGGUGAAAAAUUGUUGAGGGCUGACGUUGACCUAGCUGUACAGGCUGCGCAGGCUGCAUUUGCUCUCGGCUCCCCAUACAGACAGCUGGAUGCCAGCGCUAGGGGCCGCUUGCUUAGCAAAAUUGCUGACUUACUUGAGAGAGAUGUCAACUACAUCGCUAGCUUGGAAACCCUGGAUAAUGGAAAAACCUUUGCUCCCCAUGGGUCUAUUGGGGAUGUGCUGUUUUCAGCGAGUGUGUUCAGAUAUUAUGCUGGCUGGACCGACAAAAUAUGUGGUAGAACUAUUCCAGUUGAUGGAAGCUAUUUCAGUUACACACGCCAUGAGCCAGUUGGAGUCUGUGGACAAAUCAUACCGUGGAACUACCCGAUUGUCAUGGCAACAUGGAAGAUUGCUCCAGCAGUGGCUGCAGGCAACGUGGUGAUCCUGAAACCUGCAGAGCAGACCCCACUGACAGCGCUCUACCUGGCAUCUCUCAUCAGGGAGGAUAUUGUGCACUUAUGUUCAGGUUAUGUCAGGCUGGUAACUUUCACAGGAUAUUGUGCACUUAUGUUCAGGUUAUGUCAGGCUGGUAACUUUUACAGGAUAUUGUGCACUUAUGUGGGUAAGCUCAUCUUGCAAGCUUCUGGUGCUUCAAACAUUAAAAGAACAACCCUGGAGUUGGGUGGCAAAAGUCCCUGUGUCAUAUUUGAUGAUGUAGAUGUGGACUCUGUUGCGGCCGAAGCCCAGGAGAUCUGUAUGACCAACAUGGGUCAGUGCUGCGUGGCUGGGACUAGAACAUUUGUUCAUGAAAAUAUCUAUGAUGCAUUUGUGGCAAAAACUCGUGAGCUGGCACAGAACAGAAAAAUUGGAGACCCCUUUGAUUCAGACACCGUCAACGGUCCUCAGAUCGAUCAGGAGCAGUUCAACAAAAUCUUGGGCUUGAUUGAGAGUGGCAAGAAGGAAGGAGCAAAAGUGGAAGUGGGUGGUGAACGACAUGGUGAGCAGGGCUUCUUCAUUAAGCCGACAGUCUUCUCUCAUGUCACUGAUGAUAUGAGAAUUGCCAGGAAGAAGAUUUCUGUUUUGCAGAUUUUUGGACCGGUGCAGCAGAUCCUGAAGUUCAAGGAUCUGGAUGAAGUGUUGAGACGUGCCAAUGACACACAGUAUGGUCUGGGGGCCUAUGUUUACACCAAUGACAUCAACAGAGCCUUGACAUUUGCUCAUGGUGUCCAGGCUGGAACAGUCUGGAUCAACAGCGUGAAUCAUGUGGCGCCACAAGCUCCAUUUGGUGGCUUCAAAAUGUCCGGCUUGGGCAGAGAGCUGGGAGAAUAUGGUCUUCAGAAUUAUCUGGAGGUCAAGAACGUUGUUGUGAAGCUGGAUCGCAAAUACUAA